AUGUCAACAAAUUUAACUAAUAAUGAGAAUCAUCAUCAAGAAUUGGUGUCGGAUCAAUAAUAAGACAAUUUACAUUAAGCCAGAUAAAUAUAAUUUUAAAAGGCAUUAGAAUAAAGUUUAAGAAGCUAUGUCUAAUAUUCUUAAUAGCAAAAUCAACUUCGAUUUGUUUAUCACUUAAUAUUUGUGCUUGCUAUAUAUUAAAUGGUAGAACUCAUUCUAUGUGUAAUCUCUCUUUGUUUAACCUAAAGAAGCCACCCUUUAUUCUACAUUAGCAUUAUAUCAAUAUCAAUUAAUGUAAUUUCCUUAAUACCUUCUCUAUAUUAUUUAAAACUUUUUCAUUAAAAUGAAAUUGAGUAUUUAGAAGGAUUGCUAUGGUUUUAAUAUGAUAUAGAAUAAAGACCUGAUUAUGAAAUAAAAUAGAUAUUGCAAAAAUCUCAUUGUUUUUGCUUUUAUCUAAAUAUUCUAACUAUUUUCUUAUAACUUUGUUUAUUAGUAUUGAUUAUUUUGGCAUAAUCAAAAUUCAAAAGUUCAAUUUAAGAAUAACGUAUUAAAAUUAUAUAUAACAGCUUUAAUAAUUGGGUUUUCUUUGCAAUUUUUGACCACAGCAAGAAUCUUGGUUAUAUUUAUAGGGACAAUAUUGACCAUAGUAACUAUUAUUUCAAAAAGAUUAUAUAAUUAGAUCUACGUGUAAAUAGCUAAUCUUCAAGAAUUAGAAUAUGAAUAAUUUUCACCUUUAAACAAAUAUGAAAUCUAAAUAGUAGAGUAGGAUUCACUCUCUUAAUUAUCAUAAAUUUAAUGUAACAUUUGUUUACAUAAUUUUGAAAUCCAUGAAGAAUACUAUAUAUUAAAAUGUCAUUCCUUGCAUAUGUUCCAUAAAUAAUGUUUAACUGAAUGGAUUGUAGUAAAUUAAACAUGUCCGACUUGUAGGUCAGCUAUUUGA